GCUCAUCCUGCCUCCAUAUUCUGAAAAUAAUCCUCUGGGGUUGGCACUGCCGCUCAACAGUAGAGUGCAUGUGUAGCACGUGAAAAUCUGUCAUCCCCAGCACCUCCAAAGAACUCCCGUGGAUGCAUCUCCCCACCCCCACAGUCUGCAGGCCUCUUUCCAUGUUUUCUCUGAUUCUAGGCUGUGGACACAGAGCAGGGGACAAGGAGGUGUCUGCACAGAAGGCUUCUGAGGAUGGUGCAUCGUGCCUGAGGACUUCACGGUCAGGACCACCCGCUCAGAAGACUCACCGGUGUGACACCUGUAUCCUGGCUCUGAAAGAUAUCCUGCAUCUGUCUGAUCCUCCUGUGCAGAAGCUGUACCUGGCUGGGCCGUGUGCAAAGCCUCCCCCGCACCACAUGCUUCAUGCUGGCAAGAAAUGCUUAAAGGAGGAUAUGGACAGGAAUUCACUCAGGAAAAGCCAUGAAUUGUCUACACCAGGAAAGCCCUUCAACUGUGAGGCUAAUUGUAAGAAUUUCCCAACCUCAUCAGACCAGGUCAUUCCUCAUGGCAAAAAUACAAAUAACUCUGAGUUUGGGGAAUCCCUUAGCCAGAAAGACAGUCAUUACAACCUAUUCAAAUGCAAAAAAGCUUCCAGUCACAAAAAUGUGGCUUUCCAUAAUCUGAAGGUCUGUAGUAGAGAAAGUCAUUAUGAGCAAAGCAAGUGUGAGGAUGUGUUACAGGACAGACACUCACGUGAUUGGCACCAGGAAGGACGUGCUGGAGAGCGGCCUUACAAGUGUGGAGAAUGUGGCAAAUUCUUUAAGCGAGCGUACACCCUGGCUGUACACCAGAGAUCCCAUGCUACAAAACUGUCUUACAAGUGUAAAGGAUGUGGGAAGUCCUUUAAGCAUGUGAGUAGCCUUAAUAUACACAAGACAACCCAUACUGAAGAACGGCCUUUUACGUGUGGAGAAUGUGGGAAAUCUUUUAAGCGUGUGAGUACCCUUAAUGCACAUAAGAAAAUCCACACUGGUGAGCGGCCUUUCGAAUGUAGAGAGUGUGGUAAGACGUUUGUACGCCUGGGUUCCCUCACUGCACACAGGAGAGUGCACACCGGAGAGCGGCCCUACACCUGCAGAGAAUGUGGGAAGUCCUUUAAGAAUAGGAGUGCCCUCAGUGUACACAGGAGGAUCCACACUGGUGAGCGGCCUUUUGAAUGUAGAGAGUGUGGUAAGACAUUUGUGCGAUUGGGUUCCCUCACUGUACACCUGAGAGUGCACACCGGCGAACGGCCUUACGAGUGUGGAGAGUGUGGGAAAUCCUUUGCAGGAGCGGGCACCUUUGCAAUCCACCAGAGAAUCCACACUGGUGAAAGGCCUUAUAAAUGUAGAGAAUGUGGGAAGUCAUUCAAAAAAAAAGAUGCCCUUAAUACGCACCAGAGAGUCCACACUGGAGAAAAACCUUUUGAAUGUAGUCACUGCGGGAAAGCAUUUAAGCGAAUGGCUUCUCUUAGAAUACAUGAGAGAUCCCACACUGGAGAAAGGCCUUUUGAAUGUAAAGAAUGUGGGAAAUCCUAUACAGGAAGAUAUGCCCUUCUGGCACACCAGAUGCUUCACACUGGAGAGAGACCUUACGAAUGUGGAGAAUGUGGGAAAGCAUUUAAGCUAAGUGGUGCCCUAACUGCACACAAAAGAAUCCACACUGGAGAGAAGCCUUACGAAUGCAGAGUGUGUGGGAAGUCAUUUAGAAAGAAAUAUGGACUUACUGUGCACCAUUCAAUCCACAGGGCAGAAAGGCCUUUCAAAUGCAGGAAAUGUGGGAAAUCUUUUAAGAGAGCAACAGACGUUACCAUACAUCAGAAGGUCCACACUAGAGAAAAACCUUAUGAGUGUAGAGAGUGUGGGAAAGCAUUUAAGCGGAUGGCUUCUCUUCAGAUACAUAAGAGACUCCACACGGGAGAACGGCCUUAUGAGUGUAGAGUGUGCAGGAAAUCCUUUAAGCGGUCAACUGAACUUACUCAGCACCUGAAAGUCCACAGUGGCGCACGGCCUUAUGAAUGCAGGAAGUGUGGGAAGUCCUUUAAGCGAGCAGCUGAACUUAUUGUGCACCAGAGAGUGCACACCGGAGAGCGGCCCUACAAGUGCGGAGAGUGUGGCAAGUCCUACAAGCAAAGGGGUGUCCUUAUCGUGCACCAGAGGAUCCACACUGUCGUAAAGCCUUACGAGUGCAGAGAUUGUGGGAAGUUCUUUACACAAAGAGGUGACCUGAAUGUGCACCAGAGGGUGCACACCGGAGAAAGGCCUUACGAGUGUGAAAAAUGUGGGAAGGCAUUUAAAAAGAGACAUGCACUCAAUGUGCACCGAGUCACUCACACGGGAGAAAGGCCGUACGAGUGCAGACAGUGUGGGAAGUCUUUCAUUCAGCGCUCUCAUCUUACUGUUCACUGCAAGAUUCAUGCUGGAUAAACAUCUCACAAACCCAAUGAAUGUGCAAAAGCUUUGGGGUACAGAAGCAAUGUGGGUUCAUUCUCCAUGUUUGGUGUGGUUUUUAUGAAAGAGCUCACUUCGUUAUAAAUAGGGAAGUUCACACUUAGGAUUUAUGAGUGUGAUGAAAGUAGGAAAGGGCUGGGAAGGUAGCUCAGUGGCAGAGUGCUUGCCUGGCAUGCAUGAGGCCCUGGGU